UAAGGUUAAAAUUAGCCAUAACAUUACAAACUUAUUAAAUAAUGGAAAUCAUAGUAUUUAUCACGCAUUCACCUCUGGGGUAGUCUACACGGCAUUCGCAGUUCGUAGUGUAGGUUAAUCUUUAUUCGACAAUUAUAACCCAACUUGUUCUUUAUGGUCAUUGAGGUCCAAAGUAUUUUUGGAUUUGUGUAAAAGAAAUUUAUUAAAACGCUUGAAGUGUUUUAUCGUACCAAAAAUGGAAAAUCAUGGUCCUUCACUGGACCAGUACUUUGGAUCGAAUGAUUCUGAAAUUGAAAAGAAUGAUUUUACAAAAGAGGUAUGCCAAACGUCAGACAAAAUUAAUAAUUUAAAAUUAGACGAGGGUGCGGAGAGCGAACCAGAGGUUUGUAGAAUUUUUGCUGAAGUUCCUGUAGAACGGAAAGAUCCUACAGCUGCAUUUUUUGAUCUUAUUGGAACCGAUAGAAAGAAGCCUAGCACAAGUGGAAUUAUUACAGAUUUGGAACUCCAUACACGGAUUGAUGAUACAAUUAUACCGAGAGUUACAUCUGGUUCAGAAACAGAUCGUCGUAGGGAUGCUUGGAUUCCAAGUGAAAGGACACGUCAGGUUCUCAUUGCUGUAGCUACUGCAGCUCCUGGUACUUAUGUACCAGAUCUAAAUACCUUAACCUUGCCGGGUAUACUACUUGAAGAAGAACUUGGAGAUGCUAUAGGGGAAGCAGUAAGCCUAUGUCUAGGAGAAGCUGAAGCAGCUCAAAGGAGAACUUUGGGUGCAAAUGAUGUCACACAAGAUGAAGCAGGUUUGAGGGAAUUGGUGCAAAUGGGAGCUUACAGAGCUGCCAUAAAUUUGACUGGGAAGCUUUUAUCCAUCUAUGGACAAGGCAGAGGAAGAGCGGGACAUCCCACAAAACAUUCACCUCACUCCUUACAGCUGUGGUUUACUCGAAUUGCUUUGUUAGUAAAAUCCAAGGCUUUUAACAUUGCUCAAGCUGAAGCUGAGCCUUUUGGGCAGCUUGAUAAACCCGACGUAUUUUAUCAGUUUUAUCCAGAUAUGUAUAGUGGACGUUCUGGGUCAAUAGCGUCAUUUUCUUUUCGUCUUUUGUUGGCCGAACUUCCAUUACAUUGUGGAAAACCAAAAGAAUCCUUAACAAAAUUAUUUAGUUUGUUAGCAACUAUCCAAAAAAUGUUGUCCAACCUGAGAAAAAAGUUUUGCGAGGAUGGAAAUCCAAUGGAAAUUAGUGAAGAAGAUCAGAUGGACUCGAUUAGAUUGUGGUCGGGAAGAGAAACAAGAGUUAUACAUUCUGUUAUUAAUUGCGCAAUUGCGAUUAAGGAUUACGAGUUGGCUAUGGAAUUAUUAGGACAGUUAUGUCAAAGGGAGGGAGCUCCAAAACAUACCCUGCUCUCAGCCCUUGGUAGACUACAUCUACAGAUUGGGGACAUUGCAGGUGCAGAAGUAUGCUUUAAUGAAGCGUCACAAAUAGGCGGUCCAAUGGGAGUGCGCGACAUAGUAGACAAAGGACUUUUAGCUAUUGCUCAAAAUAAUUUUGAUGAAGCCUAUACCUGCUUCCAACAGGCUAGCAACUUUGAACCGUCUAAUGUGAUGAUACUAAAUAAUAUGGGUGUCUGUCUGCUCUACGGGGGUCGCCUUAAAGAGGCUAUAGCUGUAUUAGAAUCAGCCAUAGCAUCAAACCAUAUGCAAGGACUUCACGAAUCACUAAUUUUAAAUCUUUGCACACUAUAUGAUAUGGAAUCGUCUAAAGGCAUAAUGAAAAAAUUCGCACUAUUGAGAAAGAUUUCUAAGUAUCAUGCUGAUGCGCCGACAACGAUUUUAGAAAAAUUGUAUGGAUGAAAUUUCAUAGGCUCAGAUCAAUAGUGAAAAUAGAGAACCAUCUUGUUUGGUGCAAAGCUUUUGAAGGGACACACAUUAGUUUUCUUAGAGGAGUUUGUGCCUUAUCUAGGCUAAAUGGGGCUUACAUUUUUAUAAUAAAUGAACAACGGAAGAUUACGACAGUUGCUUGAUAGUUUUUCGGAGUCUAACUGCAAUACCUUUAUUGGCAUUACUUUUAUAAAAAUUGAAAUCAAAGUGCAUGAUUCAGCAAAAAAUAUAUUAUUAAAAAUAUUUAAAUAUCUUUUUCUAGCGAAAAUGUAUCUCAAAAGCUGUUUUUUGCUCAAUAAUGUAAGGUAUUUGUAUUACUGCAACAAUUUGGUUAACUCACAGUUGUUAUACUUUUUAGGAAGUAAUAAUUUUGAAAAUAUAUGUGGUGUGAUCACUGAUGUAGUUUCAGUUAAAAAAAAAGCAGGUCAAAUGUACAAAACAAAAACUGGCAAGUACUUUUCAGACAAUGCAUAGUUUCCUUAAAAGUACAGUUAAUAUGCCAAACUUCAAAGAAUCAUUUAUGUGUUUACAAAGCGGAACCCCACAAUUUCCCCGUAAGUAAGGAAAAUUAAUUCAAAAUUUGCCAGGGCUAUGGCAAUUAUAUUUCAAGAAUAGUACUAGUGAAGCAUUUUGGUCAGAAGGGAAACGCUGCAAAAAACUGCCCAUGUAGUGUAUUCGAACAAUGUAGACAUAUUUGCCAAAGUUACCACAGCUAACCAUCCAAUUAUAUUUUUAAAAAGUCAUAAGAAAUACACUAAAAACUUGUGGACCAGAAAUAUAAUUACAAUUGAGGCUAAAGCUAUGGUAACUAAAAUCAAAAUUUUUCAGGCCUCUGCAUUACUAACAAAAAAUUAUUGAUGUUUGCAGAGAUUGGAUGUUCACUAAAUAUAUAGUUUAAUUCUUUUUAAUGCUUUCGUGACUAUAGUGAUUUGUUAUACCUAUAAAGAUAAAGAUAUGCUUGUCAUACAAAAAACAAAUAACAACUUUGGUAUACAUACAUUUUUAUUUGUGACAUUAACCACAUACAGAAUUAUUCCAAAUAAAUC